GUGGGAACAGAUAGAGCGAUAUUAUUGGGUAGUCCAUCGGUAGGCGGGGAAAGUAGAGCGACUACAAGAGCUAGACUCAAACCGGAUUAGAAUUGAACACAGGAUUAUCGAUUGAGAAACAAGGGAAACAUACAGCACGGACCCUAGAGCUUUUUACAGGAAUAGGAUUCAACCAUGACUAAGACACAGAGAUAGACAUGAAGGAAGUGGAGCUGCGGGAGAUGGACCCUGAGAAGCAGCCGAUGACCGGUGAUGGCCAGCCUGCAGGCGGAGAGAAAAAUGGCACCGUGAAAGUGAAGGUCCCGGAUGAGGAGGUUGCCUUCACCGGCCUGUCCAAAGAGGAGCUGAUGACGGUUGCUGGAACUCCAGGAUGGGUGAGAACCCGUUGGGUGCUUCUGAUCCUCUUUUGGCUGGGCUGGGUUGGUAUGCUGGCUGGCGCAGUAGUGAUCAUUGUCCAGGCCCCUCGCUGCAAGCCCAUCCCGGAGAUGAACUGGUGGAACGAAGGACCUCUGUACCAGAUCUCUGACUCUGAAGCUUUCGCUGAUGGACUUCUAGGCGUCGAAGCAAGGUUGGACGAAAUCAACAAGCUGAAGGUGAAAGGCCUGGUUCUUGGCCCUCUUCACACCAUCCAGGCCAAUAUUCCAGCCACCCUGAAUCUUAAACAGAUCGACCCCACCAAGGGAAAUCAGGAAGCCCUGCUCGCUGUGCUAGAAAAGGCUCACAAGAAGGGGCUUUCUGUGGUGCUUGACCUGACACCAAACUACCUGGGAAGCGCUCCCUGGUUCACCUCUGGUGACGUCGAGGAAGUGAUGGAGAAAGUUAAGGAUGCAGCGGAGCACUGGCUGAGUUUGGGAGUUGAUGGCAUUAAGGUAUCUGACCUUACUUCGGCAGCCAACACUGUUGAAUGGUCCAAGUUCCAAGCUGCUGUCGAGGGCAACCGCACUGAGGAAACCAAGAAGAAGAUGCUGAUGGGUGUGGUUAAAGGUUUUUCGGCUGUCCAGUUGUCUCAGCUUGUUAACACCACAGGUGUAGAUCUGGUCCUGUCUGACCUGCUCAGCAGCAACAACGAAGGUGCGCAGCGCAUCAUGGCCAUGAACACCCUCAACGCUCAGCAGAGGAGUCUGGGCUGGGCUCUCGGUGCCGCCCAGGAUGACCAGCUGUCCAAACAGGCCUCAACUUCUGGCCUGAUCCGGCUCUACCAGCUGCUACUGUUCACCAUGCCUGGAACCCCCGUGUUCUCCUACGGAGACGAGAUUGGCCUUCAGGCAGUUGGAUCAGAAUCACCAAAAAUGGUUUGGGACAUAGAGAAGGAACCUGCAGAAGGAGCCGUUAAUGAGACUGCUGAGGCUCAGCGAAAGGAACACGUUGCUGUAAGGAAGUGGUUCAGAUCCCUCAGCGAACUGCGAGGCAAAGAGCGCUCCCUCCUCCAUGGCGACUACUACCCUCUCUCCUCUUCGACCUCCUCCCUCUCUUUCCUCCGCGUGUGGGACCAAAGUAAGAGGUACAUAACGGCGGUCAACUGGGGAGCAGCACCUGAGACGCUUGCCUUCAAACUGGAAGCUACAGAGGGUUUAGAGUUGCCAGAGACGGCCAUGGUGACGCUGUCGACGGAUGAAGCUCUGGAGACAGACACUACAGUCACCUUGGACAAAUUUGUCCUGGGAACCGGACAAGCUGUCCUGCUGCAGUUCCCCUAGAUGGGCUUAAGAUGGAGCCAAACUAUAGAAAGCUAUGCACACAUCACUUGUUUUAAAGAGAAUCUGAAGUCAGUCCUUAUCCUUAAAAAUAAGAUGACAUAGUCAAAAGAUUGAGAAUUUCUUUUGACUUUUUAAAAAUAAUUAGACAAAAUUCUCAAGUCAGAACAUUAGUAAACUGGGUCAACGAAAGUCUGCCAUUCCACAUGUUGGCCAGUACAAACCCAGGUAAAUGUUUCUGGUUUUUAACACGCAUUUCAGUUUUUUUUUGUUGUGCUGGGACAAAAUGCAGCCACUUAAGAUACGCACUGAGCAUUCUAUAUUUUGUGAUCCUUUAAUGUUGACAACAAUGUCCAGAUAUGUGAAGACAUUCCAUUUUUUGUUCUUUGGGCAUUUCUUUGGCAGGCUUUCUGUUGUGUUUUUAUUUUAAAUUUAAAGAAAUUCAUUUUUAGUGACAGUUUUUCUGUCUUUUUAACAUGGAUGGUGACUCUGAAGUCUUUUUAAAGUGCUAUUAAAAAAAGUUUUGUGACUGGCAACAAUUCUGACACAUGAACGGAAUUGAAAUAAACAGAACUGUAGCUACCUA